AUGGGCUGGGAGCGCAGGGCGCCGCCCCCGCCGCCCGGAGCCCCGGCGCUGGACGGCGGCGGCGGGGGCUGCGCCUGCGGCCGGCGGGGCUCGGGCGUGUGGCGCGCGCUGGCGGGCUUCUUCGCGCUCUCGCUGGCGCUGCACCUCCUCACGCUGGGCUGCUACCUGGAGCUGCGCUCGGAGCUGCGCCGCGAGCGGGACGGCACCGAGCCCGAGCCCGCGCCCGCCUGGCCGCCACCGCCGACGGGCAGCGCCACGGCCCAGGCGGCGGCGGCGGCGGCGGCUCCUCCGCCGCCGGCCGCUCCGCCCGCCUGGCCUAGCAGCAGCCGGCGCCGCCGCCAACAGGUGGCAGUGCUGAAUCUCUUCUCCCCUGAGGAUAGGCCUCCCUAUGGAGAGGAAACCCGUGUCCGCAGAAACAAAAGGAGCAAAAACAGUGAAGGAUCAGAGGGCACAAGUUCCUCUAAAAAGAAAAAAGGCAAGAAAACUGGGCCCCCCGGACCCACCGGGCCCCAAGGCCCCCCUGGACCUCCAGGGCCCCCUGGAAUCCCAGGGAUCCCUGGCAUACCAGGCACCACAGUGAUGGGCCCUCCUGGCCCCCCAGGACCUCCUGGCCUCCAGGGCCCUCCCGGGCUGCAAGGCCCUGCCGGUAGCACAGACAAAGCAGGACCUAGAGAUGCUCAGCCAGCUGUGGUUCAUCUCCAAGGACAAGGGUCAGCAAUUCAAGUCAAGAAUGAUCUUUCAGGUGGAGUGCUCAAUGACUGGUCCCGCAUCACGAUGAACCCCAAGGUGUUUAAGCUGCACACCCGCAGUGGAGAGCUGGAGGUACUGGUGGACGGCACAUACUUCGUCUAUAGUCAGGUAGAAGUAUAUUACAUAAACUUCACAGACUUUGCUAGCUAUGAGGUGGUGGUGGAUGAGAAGCCCUUCUUGCAAUGCACACGAAGCAUUGAGACAGGCAAGACCAACUUCAACACCUGCUACACUGCUGGUGUUUGUCUCCUCAGAGCCCGCCAGAAGAUUGCAGUGAAAAUGGUCCAUGCCGACAUCUCCAUCAACAUGAGCAAGCACACCACCUUCUUUGGAGCCAUACGCCUAGGAGAUGCACCAGCGUCCUAAAGGAACUUGACAUAUAAGGAGGAGGCUCCCCAAACUGCAUAGUGCUGCUCUUCAAGAGUUGCAGGUGGCUGUAUAACCCCUGAUAAGUGCCACAGGGAAAACUGACACGUGAUAUUUCUUUGUUGAUGUAAAUGCAGGAAGGAAGAACAUGAAUCCCUGUGGUUUGUAUUAGGGUAGUGUUGAAAGGCAGAUGAUGGAGCAUUUGGAGAGGGAUGAACAAGCCUGUGUGACCUUCCAUCAGUGUUUCACAUCUUGCAGCACUGAUACUCACUCAAGACUUGUGUUAAUGGGAUUAUUUCCUGCUUAUCUGUUGCACUAACAAGGACAGCUAUCACAGGAGAUGACAGAAGGCAUGCCUCUACAGAGUUGUUCAUUGGUGUGCUCGUGUACACCAAAGAAAGGAUUGGGGGUUGUGCUUCUCCACAAAGCCAAGCAAGUUCCUUUGUAGAGCAAUGGUGUCCCACUGUGGGGGGGAGAACAAGAUGGUGUCGACAAUAAUCCAAUGGAUCAAGAGCUUCUGGGCAGUAUUUGGAAGCUGGCAGCAGAUGCUGUGACCACCAGAACAGCAUUGUGCUUGUCAACAAAAUAAAAUGCUUUUCAGCAAGCUAGUUCUUCCAAAUGCUCAUGUUACCAAGGAAACAAGUAGCAAUGCCAGCAAAGCCCAUAGCAAUCUUUAAUGCCAAAUAAAGGGUGACCCUCAGACCCUUCCAAGGGAAAAUGUUCCUGUAACUAGGAGCUUCACAUUUAAAAAAGUAUUGAUGUCGAUGAGGAACUAGUCACAGGGCUUUGUAAAGUUGCAUUCUGACCAGUUAAAAUAUUCUGGCAAAAAGGGAAGUCUGCUUUAAAGUCAUAUACGU